AUGUGCGAAUACACCAAGAACUACUAUAUCUAUACCUCCUGUGUGGAUCCCGGAGCACACUUCUUCAGCUGUACUACCGAUGGGAAGAAGGACCGAAGCUGCACGAGAGGCCCGCAUGAACGAUACAUCUUGGUGGAGGGGAAAUGUUAUCUCUGUAAAUGA